AUGAUGCGUGUCAGCAUUCUGAACAAGGCAGUUGCUAUGGCGUUGUGGCCCUGGAAAUUGGUGUGUUCUGGUAGUUCAGAUAAUGGUACAAGCUUGUUGGAUGGUGGUAUGGAUGAGGAAGACGGCUUGCUUCAAGCAGCAACCUACGACAUCGACGCUAAGGUUCUGCCGUCCCCGUCAUCAUAUCCAGCUGCCUGCGGCAAGUUCUGCCAACAUGCCAGCGCAGCACUCCUGUGUGGCAACGCCCAGACGGCUUUAGCGUACCUCUUGUCUCUGGUCGGGGCACGCACAACAUUCAAACUGUGA